CGUGCAGCAUCAGUUUCUCUCGGAAGCUCAGACACCAUAGUGUGAUGCUCCUUGAAUCCUCUUGGCUUUUUACCCCGCGCCUUCAGAACCGGCGGCCCACUUUUGGAUUUACAACCGAAUUGAGUUAUUUCGUUUGAACGGUCUUCCCAGAUGGACAAUUAUUCAGCGAUUCCAUUGCAGUGUCUGGAGAUGACGACCAAGAGGAAGAUCAUCGGGCGGCUGGUGCCCUGCCGCUGCUUCCGGGGCGAGGAGGAGGUCAUCUCGGUGCUGGACUACUCCCACUGCAGCCUGCAGCAGGUGCCCAAGGAGAUCUUCAGCUUCGAGCGCACGCUGGAGGAGCUCUACCUGGACGCCAACCAGAUCGAGGAGCUGCCCAAGCAACUCUUCAACUGUCAAGCCCUCCGGAAACUCAGCAUGCCUGACAACGACCUCUCCAGCCUGCCAACCACCAUCGCCAGCCUUGUCAACCUCAAGGAGUUAGAUAUCAGUAAAAAUGGUAUUCAGGAGUUCCCCGAUAACAUCAAAUGUUGUAAAUGCCUGUCAGUCGUGGAGGCCAGUGUCAACCCCAUAACCAAGCUCCCUGAUGGCUUCACCCAGCUCCUCAACCUGACACAGCUGUUCCUAAACGACGCCUUCCUCGAGUACCUGCCUGCCAACUUUGGGAGAUUGUCCAAAUUACGGAUCCUGGAACUCCGAGAGAACCAUCUGAAAACUAUGCCAAAGUCAAUACACAGAUUGUCACAGCUGGAGCGCCUAGACUUGGGAAGCAACGAAUUCACAGAUCUGCCGGAGGUUUUGGAGCAGAUACACAAUCUGAAAGAACUGUGGUUGGAUAACAAUUCAAUACAGAGAAUACCAGGGUCUAUAGGGAAGUUGCGGCAGCUCAGGUACCUGGACUUGGCCAAGAACAGGAUUGAGGCCCUGGAUGCCGACAUCUCAGGAUGCGAGUCCUUAGAGGACCUCCUGCUCUCCUCCAACAUGCUGCAGCAGCUGCCCGACACCAUAGGAAUGUUGAAAAAGCUGACGACGCUAAAAGUAGAUGACAACCAGCUUACCUCACUGCCUACCAACAUUGGAAGUGGACGCCCAAAAGUAGGCUUGUCCCUCUUAGAGGAGUUUGACAUCAGCUGUAACGAACUGGAGUCGCUGCCUCCCACCAUAGGCUACCUGGUUAGCCUGCGCACCUUCGCAGCCGACGAGAACUUCCUCUCGGAGCUGCCCAGGGAGAUUGGCAACUGCAGGAAUGUAACAGUCAUGUCCUUGCGCUCCAAUAAGUUGGAGUUUCUGCCUGAUGAGAUCGGUCAGAUGACGAAGCUCCGCGUUCUCAACCUGAGCGACAAUAGGUUGAAAAAUCUACCCUUCACCUUCACUAAACUUAAAGAUCUUGCUGCACUGUGGCUCUCAGACAAUCAGUCGAAGGCCCUGAUCCCACUUCAGACGGAGGCCCACCCGGAGACCAAGCAGAGAGUCCUCACCAACUACAUGUUCCCCCAGCAGCCGCGACAUGAAGAGGACUACCAGUCGGACAGCGACAGCUUCAACCCCACGCUGUGGGAGGAGCAGCGGCAGCAGCGCAUGACCGUGGCCUUCGAGUUCGAGGAGAAGAAGGAAGAGGAGGACAAUUCAGGAAAAGUGAAGGUGGAGAUCAACCUGAAGCGCUACCCGACGCCCUACCCAGAGGACUUGAAGAACAUGGUGAAGUCGGUGCAGAGCCUGGUGGGCAAGACGCCACACCACCCGCUAGCAACAGACAAGUGCUCCUCAGGGACCAACAUGGAGCACCACAACGCAGACAAAUACGACCCUCCGUGGCCCAUGCCGCCCAAAGAGGUUACAGAUAGAGAGGUGAAAGAGUUCCAGCAGGCUCAGAUGGCUGAUCAGAGCGGCAUGAUGAACUCGGCCAUCGAUAUCCCAAAGCGUAAAGACAAGGAGGACCUUACGGAGAGCUCGGAAAUUUCUUUACGUCACGUCGUCCACCAGCUGCCUCAGCCCGAGAAUGUCAGCCUGUCCAUUGCAUCUUCCUACUUCUGCCUCAUAGAUUCUCUUGGAGGAUCGCCCAAUGACAUCCGCAUCUCUGACAUGAGACCCACCCUUGUGGAACCGCCAAUGUACAAACCAAAGGUCGUGCUUCUGGGCAAAGAGAAGAAAGAGUCCACAGACGAUUCGGACCCGGAUAAGAUGCAUAUGAACAACAGCGGCUCCUCGGCCACCUACUCGGACUACUCCCCCUCGCAGGGCUCCUCGGGCUCCUCCAACCCCCCGGGGGGCACUGUGGCCACCAUGCAGGUGGCAGGCAAGGACGGGGCCCUGCAGACCCACUGGACCAACAGGCUGGCCCAGUCCUUCCCCAAGCCCAUUGAGACCAAGCCUCUGCUGAGCCAGCGGGACACUCCCCCCUCCAGCACACUGCAGCACGCGGGUCCGGGGCGCACGGGGGAGAGGCGCCCGCUCAGCGACAACUUUGACACCUGGAACGACACCCCGCACUAUGACAACACGGGCUUCGUGGCGGAGGAGACGCCAAUGGAUGGGGGCAGCAGCAGCGCCGGGAACCCCAUGCUGGGGUCGAAGCCGCGUAGCGCCUCGGCGCACGGCAGGCGACCCCUCAUGAGGCAGGAGCGCAUCGUUGGUGUGCCCCUGGAGCUGGAGCAGCCCGCGCAUCCCUUCCACGGAGCUGGAGUCCGCGCCGCCCCCGAGCCCGCCGCCGAAGUGCCUCCUCCUCCUCCUCCUCCCCCCAACCCCUGGCAGAACUGGACCCGCACGCCUAGUCCCUUCGAGGACCGCACCGCCUUCCCCUCCAAGCUGGAGCUCACGCCGGCCAACAGCCCCAACCCCGACCGCAAGGACUUUGAGCAGGAGAACAUGGGCGAGCUGCCCGGGACGUUCCCUCUGACUGGAGCUUGGGGCUUCCUGGACCAGCGGGAUGCCGGGGCAGGUAGGGGUCACCCCACCGUCUACGCGCAUGGUGGCCAGGGCAUUCGCAAGGAGCCCAUGGUGGCCAAGAAUGCCCUGGCCAUCAGCAAGAGCUCUGAGCGACUCUCGCCCAUGAUGAAGGAGGUCAAGGCCAAGUUCAAGAAGUCCCAGAGCAUCGAUGAGAUAGACAUCGGCUCCUACAAGGUCUACAGCAUCCCACUGGAAACCUACAGCUCCAGCAUAGAGAACCAGGGCAGCGUGGACAGGCCCGACCUACCUCCGCCCAUGGAGCAGAGCAUGUCCAGGAGCCAGUCGGUGCCCUUGCUGGAUGACGACCUGGACGGAUUUGGCUCUAGCAAGGCCCUCCAGCAGUUUCAGCAACAUCAGCAGCACCAACACCAACAGCAGCAGCAGCAGAAGCCUGCCAUUCCCAAGAAAGUGUAUCACUUUGACCAGGGCUUCAACCCCCAGGUUGACAUGGUCAAGCCCAUAGAGCGUCGGGCGCCUCCGCCUUUCCCCAACACCCCCGAGUACAUCAACCAACCUGGCAAGACGCUGCCCAAGGAGCUGGUGAGCCCGCGAGGGUACCGGGGCUACCCGAGUGCGGCCGAUCAGAUGUUCUCCUUCCCCGGCCAGUCGCCGGUGAACGAGGACAACGUCGUCCCGCAGUUCCCCCCCGCGCAGCCGCCGCAGCGCUCGCGUCCGGGCUUCCUGCGGAGGGCGGACUCGCUGGUCAGCUCCACGGAGAUGGCCCUGUUCCGGCGCGUGGCCGAGGCCCAGGAGAUGCAGAUGCAGGCGGAGGCCUCGUACGGCAGGCCCCAGUACGGCAAGCCCAUGCUGGAGCACCAGAACAGCAUGUCCACCAUGGUGGACUCACAGUUCCACAAGAGGAACGGCCGCUACGAGGAGGACUACUCGUCCUACCAGGAGCCCAAGAAGCCCAUCAUGGGCUACCCCACCAAGAGCCUGACUCAGCGGCGCCCCCUGUCUGCGCGUAGCUACAGCACCGAGACCUAUGGGGCGUCGCAGGCGAGGCCCGUUUCGGCUCGGCCCACCAUGGCCGCCCUACUGGAGAGGAUGCCGUCGUCGGACUACAACCUCGGCACCUGCAACGAGAAGGUCAUCAUGGACACGGCUGACAUGAAAGCCAUGAAAGCCAUGCAGCAGGCCCCGAAGCCGGAGGACAUCGCCUCCAAGAUGCCGGUGGACUGGAGGCAGCAGCUCCUCAGGCACAUAGAGGCCAAACGACUGGACCGGACCCCCUCACAGCAGAGCAAUAUUCUAGAUAACGGCCAGGAGGUGAUGUCGCCAGGGAGCCAGUGGACGCCCUACUCGCUGGGUAGGAGAGAUGUGCCCCCCGAGAGUCUCAUGAAGAAGGGUCUCGGCCACAGCCCCCACCAGCCCCAGACCAUGGUCAUGACCUCCGCCACGGCGGCCGCCACACCAUCCCACCGGCAGAUGCGCGAGCAACAGCAGCACCAACAGCAGCAGCACCAACAGCAGCAGCACCAUCAACAGCAGCAGCAGCACCACCACCAACAGCAGCAGCAGCAGCAUCCACAGCAGCAGCAGUACCACCAGCAGCAGCAGCAGCAGCUUCAGCACCAACACCAACAACACCAACACCAGCUCCAGCAGCAGGUGCAGUCCUAUCAGCCGCCGCCCUCCCAGCAGCAGUACCAACACCAUCAGCAGCAGCAACAGCAGCAGCAGCAGCAGUACCAGGCCACUCAACCCUAUCAACAGCAGACACAGCAUCAUCCGCAGCAUCAUCCGCAGCAGCAGCAGCAGCAGCAGCAUCAGCAGCAGUACGAGGGCGCCAUCAACAAGAUCUCCAUCCAGCAGUACCAGUCGCCGCUGCCCCCCAUGCCCAUCACCACCACCAGCCCGCGACCCCAGAGUGCGCGCUGCCUCGUCCAGACCAAGGGCCAGAAGAGUAUGGACGGGUUCCAGGAGCAGUUCUGUGUGAGGAUCGAGAAGAGCCCGGGUCUGGGCUUCAGCAUCUCAGGGGGAAUCAGUGGACAGGGAAAUCCGUUCAAGCCCUCCGAUAUGGGUAUCUUUGUUACUAGGGUACAGCCUGACGGACCGGCUUCUGGCGCCCUGCAACCUGGGGACAAAAUCCUGAAGGCCAAUGGACAUAGUUUUUUACACAUCGAACAUGAAACCGCUGUGUCUCUGCUGAAGAAUUUCCAGAAAACUGUGGACUUGGUAAUCUUGAGGGAGAGCACAAUAUGAAAUUUUCCUUCCUUUUUUGUGUUUUGUUUUGUUUUUUGUUUUUUUUCCUGACUUCUGACAAAGAAAACGAAAAAAUGUUGACACAUGUAUAAAGUCAUGCCUACAGAUCUCAUCGCAGAUAGCUGCAGGUUGUGGAACAGAGAUGGGCCGGACAUGGGCCAAGUCUGUUUCACAGCUGGCUGCCAUCUGAGAGACUCUCAUUCACGCACAUGUUGUUCAUACAGGACUGUAAUGUUUUUACAUAGGAACAGAGAACAUUUGCCAAUUGCUGGACCAAUGGCAAAUAUUAGUGCCAAAUGUAAAAUAGGUUACAUAUCUUCUAAGGUUAAAUACGGACUUCACCUGUAAAUGGAAACAUGCUCAAGCCAGAUCUCCAGUUGAAACUGACUGGACUAUUCACCUCCAUUUGCCAGCCCAGGGCUGUCAGUGGAUAUGAUUUUUUUGUUCUCUGCUCAUUUCUAUGCCUUUUAUUCAUUUUGUACCUACUUUUCCUAGUAGCUACUCAUUUUGAUCUCAAGAGCAUAGAAGCACAUUUGGCGCUUAGAGGUACAUCCACCAUCAACACUGCCUCAAGUUUGUAUAUGCCUUGUGUAAAUACUUUUUGCUUACAAAGAUGUGAAAAGACGAGGAAGAACAAGGAUGUGAGGGAUGAAAAUACAACUUUCCUUUUAUACGCUUGUGUUCUACUAUUGCAGAAAAAAAUAUUUGUCCUGUAUUAUAAUUACGGGACCUUUUUUUUCUUUUUAAUCAAAGUUAUUGAAGAUACAGUAAAUACUAAACAAGAACAUAUAUUACCAAUUUCCUUCCACUUACUUAGACCUUGCUGUAAGAUGUUCAUGCCACUUACCCAUGCUGCAUUGUGUGUCCUAGAAUUUUUAGAAAAUGUUGAAUAAUGUAUGGGUUUGCACAAAUUAACAGGGGAAAAAAAAGAGAAAUCCCAAAGCAAUAGAGCCACAUUAAUUUAUCUGCAACAGCACGACAAUUAAUUGAAUGGCCAACAGCACCCCCCACUGGUCUAUUUUGGUAAAUGACAGGAGGUUUACAAAGGGGGGUUGAUACCAAGUUCUGUUAAUACUGGUGACAUAAGUCGUUGUGUUUCUAAACAAACCACUGGCUUAAAAUGGGAAAAACAGUGCCACACAAACUUGCCAAAUGUAAUUACCUUUGCAAAACAUCAUUUGAACAAAAGGGAUUAAGUGCACUACUAAACAUGGAAUAAUCGACACAGGUGCACACAGUACAACAUGGACUGACACGAGUGGCAUCACAGAAAAGAAACUAUAAAAUGUUAUCACUGUGAUGCAAUGAGAACUAUCAAGUCGAACUUAACUAGUUUUGUUGCCCAUAGCGCUAUAGGCAACCACGUUCAUCUCAUAUUCGGGAAGAUCCAUCUUAAGCUUUAAUGUUACAGCAUGCCUACACUUUAUGGAAACUGUUUUAUUGUAGUUUUUUUAACGCCCGUCGCGCAGCAUGUAUAUUGCUGGUUUGGGGAAGGCUUCAGCAGACCCUCAAUUGAAAUUUGACCAAUAAUGUGGUACUCAUGGGUAAACAGUCCCAGUAUUGUGACAACUGGCGUCACAAUAUCCCUAUUGCGAUUAUUAUAGCCCCAAAUAAUGAAAAAAGAGUUUUAUUUUGAAUAAUGUAGCAGUAGACGUGAGCGUUUUUGAACAAAUCUGAGCACCUACAAAUUGUUUGUAAAAGUGCCGUAUCCCUAACCCUCCCACAAAAUAUUUUGCUUCAAGUCAAGCUUGAACUAUCAGUCGACAUAACAGACGACAAACUUGGUUUGGGAAAUAUACACUUCAAAUACUAUUGUGACAAAGUUUGAUAAUAUAAAUAUUUUUAUUAAAUGUUUUCAGGUAAUAAUUUCUAAAAAAUAUAUUGAUAUACUUAGCUUUGCUCAAAUUGUGAGAUUUUAUAAGGUUAACAGAAGCUGUGUAUGGAUGAGUAUUUAGGACACAAGAAAGAAUGCUGUAGUAAUCAAUAUGUAAAAUUAUUUCUACAGUACAUGUGAAUUUGUGUCAUAUAAACAUAUAUAUGUAUAUGAAUAUACAAAACUGUCAUUUUUGUAUGUGUUUAAAAUACUAUUAAAUAUAAAGCUUAUAUAUGGUA